AUGUCAGGAUACGCUAAAUCUUCGUCUUGGACGUCUUUUUUGAAGUCAAUCACGUCUUUCAACGGCGAUUUAUCGACUUUGACGGCUCCUCCGUUCAUUUUGUCACCCACUUCGCUGUCAGAAUACUCCCAAUACUGGGGGGAACAUCCUGACUUAUUCUUGGGCCCCAAUUUUAUCACGAAACCUGGGGAGGAUGGCACAAGCGUGGAGCACUUGCGAAUGUUGGCAGUGGUCAAGUGGUUUAUUUCGACACUCAAGUCGCAGUACUGUUCGCGUAACGAGUCAAUGGGCACGGAGAAAAAACCUUUGAAUCCGUUCUUGGGGGAGCUUUUCGUGGGCAAAUGGGAGAACAAAGAACAUCCAAAUUUUGGUGAAACCGUGUUGCUGAGCGAGCAGGUGUCGCACCACCCCCCAGUAACUGCGUACAGCAUUUUCAACAAUAAGAACAAGACUUCUUUGCAAGGCUACAACCAAGUUAAGGCAUCCAUCUCCACAGCGUCUCUCAGCGUCAAGCAAUUUGGACACGCGCUCUUGGAGUACGAAAACCUUGGCGAACAGUACCUGGUCACCCUGCCACCUUUGCACAUCGAAGGGAUGCUAGUGGCGUCGCCUUUUGUCGAGUUGGAAGGCAAUUCAUACAUCCAGAGCUCCUCGGGACUUUUAUGCGUAGUAGAAUUCUCUGGUAGAGGCUACUUUUCGGGCAAGAAAAAUACGUUCAAAGCCCGUAUUUUCCAAAAAGCGUCCGAUGCAGCUGACAAGGAGAAAGCUCUGUACACGAUCACGGGCCAGUGGUCCGGUACAUCGACUAUAAGCAAGGGCAAAUCCAAAAAGGGCGAGGAAUUGUUUUAUGAUGCUUCGAAAUUGAAGGCUGAACACCUGAAAGUCAAGCCUAUCGAGAACCAGCACGAACUUGAAAGCAGAAGGGCCUGGAAAGAUGUGGCAGAUGCCAUCAAGAACGGUGACUUCAAUCAAAUUCACGAGGAAAAGACUUUUCUGGAAAACGAACAGCGCAAAAUGCGUAAGGAAGAAGAGGCCCAGGGCACCAAGUGGCAAAGACGCUGGUUUUCGGACGAAGACUACUCCACCGGUAUUGAUGAUGCGUUUGUGAGACUUGCGGCAAGUCUCAAUUUGUCUACCAAAAAUGUUCCAAGUGGUACAUUAGUUGGCGACAAGGAAGACAAGAAGACAACUUCAGCAAUGCACUGGCGGUUCCAGAGAAAAAACUGGGAUGCUGAAAAGGUGAUCACAGCGUAG